AUGCAGCCUGCACUAGCCCCAGCGCCGCAUCCAAGCAUGCAAACCUCUGCUCAGGACCAUGCGGAUCAGGUGCUCCAUGAUCAGCUUCUAGCAGCCCAGCAGCACCUGUCCCAUCCCCAGGCCCGUCCGCCGCAACCUCCACCUGCGCAACCUCCGCAUAUGCAGCCGAACGCUAGCCCCCGCGACCAGAACAACAUUGACCCGGCUAUCUCCGGUGCUUCGAUGCUUGCCGGUCCUCCUCAAACGCCUCCCCAGCAGGAUCCGUCCGGUCCCGAGUCUCCCAAGAGCUAUGGCAAGCGGCCAUUGUCGACUUCCAAGCGGGCUGCUCAGAACCGUGCUGCACAGAGAGCAUUCCGUCAACGAAAGGAAACCUACAUUCGCAAAUUGGAGGACCAGGUGAAGGACUUCGAAAACAUGUCCGAGGGGAUUAAAACACUACAGACUGAGAACUACCAGCUCAGAGAAUACAUCAUCAACCUGCAAUCGCGGUUACUCGACACCCAGGGCGAAGUGCCCGAACUUCCAGGGAACAUUGAUCUGAGCCAACCCCGAACGGAAAUGCAGGUACCACCGGGUGUAUCCAACCAGAACCCUGCUGGUCCUACUCCUCCAGGGAACCCUCAGCAGCAGCCCCAACCCCACCAAAAUGCGGCCGCAUCGAACGACGAUAUGAAUUCGCUGAACCGGAUAGCAGUCGCCGGUCUGGGAAUGCGGAAACACCCGAACGAGGACCCGAACUACAUGGCCAACACCCAGUUCCAGAACAAACGCCUCCGUGGCGAUGAGGGUCAGCAUGACUCCGAUGUCACCAAAACAGAGCCAACACACGGGUUGCCCGUUGUCUCGUGA